CUUUCAACAUUAAUUAACGGCUUCUUAGAGUAAAUGGAACCGUGCAAAAGCAACUAUGGCUCGAACUCGACGUCGGCACUGGAAUUGGAGGAUGGGGAUUUACCGGAGCGCAGCUCAAGCGCGGCGAGUGACGACGAUCGAAAGAAGCGACCGCGAACGGCUUUUACCGCCUCGCAAAUCAAAUCCCUGGAGGCAGAGUUCGAGAGGAAUAAGUACCUCAGCGUCGCCAAGAGGCUCCAGCUCAGCAAAGCGCUCAAGCUCACCGAGACACAGAUCAAAAUAUGGUUUCAGAACAGACGGACAAAGUGGAAGCGGAAGUACACGAAUGACGUUGAGCUUUUGGCUCAGCAAUACUAUUCUAGCCUGGGAAUCCAUGCACCAAGGCCGAUAUUCGUUGGUGAUCGAUUGUGGUUUUUCAAUUAUCCUGGGCAUCCGCAACACGGCUCCUCCUUAUUACCAGGGCCUUACUCCCCGCUGACGAUUUCGCCGACUCUGCCGAUAAUUCAGCCGUUGUCAAGCAAUCUACCCAAUGGACAACACACAGCUAUUUUUCAAAAUAAUUCGACCAGUCCAACAAACUACAACUUAUCACAGAGACUCGAUUACAGGCAUCAAAAUUCCUAAUCAAUGCAUAAAUGAAGCACAACUCUUUUUUUACUGUACAUGAUUUAAAUUUAAGAACGUUUUAUUU